UUCGGCUGCCAAGGUCCACGCACCGCGGCGCUGGCGAAGGCUCGGGGGCGGCGGGAGUUGGGGGGCGCAGGGACCCCAGGGCCACGGGUUCCCGGGGAGCAGCUGAGCUGCGCAAGGGCGCGCCGGGGGCGAGUCUGGGCCGCGCACCACUCCGCGGUCUCCUAGCGACCCGAGCGGCUGGGAACGCGCCCUACACAAGGCCGAGCGGGCAGCCGGGCACCAUGGCUGACCGCAGGGUACGGUUCCCGCCCGCAGCGCAGGCCCGGGUGCCGGUGGGCAUCAGCUGCGGGCCCCGGUACACCGAGAAUCUGGCUUCCAAGUGCUUCCCAAAGCAUAAGGGCGGGCCGCCGGGUCCCACCUCCCUGAGCAGCCGACGCUGGAGAUUUGUGACAACCGAGCUGGAUGACUUCCGGGAAGCCUGCCCGCCCUGCAGAGGUCUGAUCACCCAGGGCCUGGACAAGGGCUUCUUCCCCCCCAUUUAUCACAGAGCUCCCCGCCCCGCCGGGAAAAGGAGGCAGAACUCGCUGCGCAGGGAAGCAGCCCUGGGUUCCAGGCUCUCACCAGCCCGGCAGGCGCGGAAGGCAUUCCUGGCGGACGUUGAGGCGCAGCUGUCCCCGCACCCCUUGGCCCUCUACCCGGACCUGGAAGAAGACCUGCCUGCAGAGCUCUUAUUAAAGGUGCUGGACGUGCUGGAUCCUGAUAGGAAGCUGGAGGACACGUGGGCUUCUUGUCAGGGCAUCAGGAAAAGACCGAAGGAAAACACAAAACAUUUAAAAAAACGUUCUAGCCAAGUCUACCUGGAACCUCUCAAGAAGACUCCUGUGUCACAUCCACGCCAAUGGCUUUAUGAAGAAAAGAAGCCCAGUGAAAUAGAUUCGCUCCACAAAAUGGGUCCACUUCUUCAUGAAAAUGUACGCAGAGGAGUUAGUGACUUCUGCAACUGGGCUGCUGAUUUUGGCAGCCCGAGCAUUGAUGAGGAGUUCAUCCUGAAACAGUUUGACAUUGACUCUCAGAGCAAACCAAGCUAUAAUGUGCUCCACGCAGUGAGACCCAACCCUGUACCUCUGGAGCUAAAGAAAAGGAUGGGGCUAAAUAAACUGCAGGGGCCACAGUUCUUCCAGAAACUUGACUAUGAGCAGAGACUUCAGAAACCACAGAAUUCUCAUAAACCAAAGUGGGUGAAGAUGAGAUACGGAGCAUGGUAUCUGAACACCAAGUUGUGGAAAAAGCAAAGGGCCGAUGAACCUUUGGUGGACCCCAAAGUCUUAGGUAGAGCUCAAGAUGAGAAUCUGGCAAAGGAGCUACGGGAACAGGAGGAGUUACUUGCAGACCUUCGUGGAACGGUUGCCUUUAAGGAUUUCAUUCUGAGCAGAGGCUACAGGAUGCCGAGGUUCCUGGAGAAGAUAUAUAUGAGGAAGGAAUAUAAAUGUGAAUGUAACAAGACUCCCGUAAAAUAACUCCAGCUUAGAAGAAUUCGGGAAGAUGACUAGACAGAUUCCAUUUAUUACGUACUUGGCUAUUUCUAUCAUUAAAAAUUAAACAAAAUUCCCGCAUUGCUGUGGCUCUGGCGUAGGCCAGGGGCUGCAGCUCUGAUUCGACCCCUAGCCUGGGAACCUCCAUAUGCCACGGGAGCGGCCCAAAGAAAUAGCAAAAAAGAAAAAAAAAAUUAAACAAAAUUUAUGAUGAAUGUCUCACCAUAAAUAUCCAACUUUGACUUGGCAACAUCCAUAAAAUUUAUAGCUAAUACUUACAAGCAUUUCAGAAUGGUCUUCUGCUCCAGUUAAUAUUUUACAUGUCUCAUCAACUAUGAGAUCAAGAUUCAUAUUUGGUAUUCUAACAUUUUCAUAGCAUCGUCGAUAUUUCAACUAUUUAUAUAAAUAAAUACAACCAUUAAAAAAGCAGAAUUACUCUAUUGCAUUUUCCCUAGUUUUAAGUGAAUUACCUCCUUUACUCUUUCUUUAGAAUAUAAUUUUCUCUUAUUUUGAAUUAAGCUUAGAGGUUCCCCCCCUUUUAGUAUGUUAGUCUUGAUAAUAAAUAUGUACCUAUAAUGUAGUCAUGGGUCAUAAAAUUUAAUGGAAACUCGAAGUGACAUAUUUUUAAAAUUAAAUUUAAAAAAUUAUUUUAUUAAAAAUGUUAAUGCCCAAGUUAGGAAAAUUAGAAAACAUAGACUAACAAAAAAAUGUAGAAGAUACAGAGUCAGUUACACAGAGUCAAUAAUAACUGCUCUUCACUCUUUGGAAUGCAUCCUUCUAGAUCUUUCUUUGAACUACACUGGAUAAUUUAAUCAAAAGGAAUGUAUUAAAAGGAUAUUGGCUCCCAAAGCAGUUUUUUUGUUUGUUUGUUUGUUUAUUUUUUGUCU